CCCAGCCAUUAUGCGCUCCAUCUCAAGGUCGGCCCUGCGGCCUUAUAUCUGUCCAUCAUGCCGAACUGGACCGCCGAGCCGGCGACGAUUUGGGUCCAAGCCUCAGCAGGCCCCCGAAAUCUAUGAUGUAGUCUGUGUUGGCGGUGGUCCCGCAGGCCUGGGACUGCUGGCAGCUCUCCGAGCCUCGCCCGCUACCUCGAAACUCAAAGUCGCCCUCGUCGAAACCCAGGACCUCAACAAAGCCCGCUCGUGGAACCUCGAAUCGCAUCAGUUCUCCAACCGAGUCAGCAGCCUGACGCCGUCGUCCGUGGCAUUUCUGGAGAAAAUCGGAGCAUGGGAGUUCCUGGAUGCUCAGCGCGCCCAGAAGUAUCAGGAGAUGCAGGUGUGGGAUGGGGAAACAGGAUCCCGCAUAUCGUUUGACUGGUCUAUGGAAUCCUCCCCGUUCGAGGACCUACGCACCGUUGCGACAAUGACGGAGAAUGCCAACCUUGUUCGCGCACUUCUGUCUCGAAUCGCCGCCUCUGGAGACGAGAACCUCUCCAUCUUCUCCAAGUCCACCGUCUCGUCCAUUGAGAACGGCUCGGAUUCGCCGGACGGUCCGGAUCUAUCCGCGUGGCCGGUGCUUUCGAUCUCACCAACCGACGGGACCUCAACCCAAGGGCCGUCGCGGAUUGCCGCGCGACUGCUUGUUGGUGCAGACGGUAUCAACAGCCCCGUACGCAAAUAUGCCAACAUCUCCACCGACGGCUGGGACUAUAAUAGAAACGGCGUGGUCGCGACCCUCGCCCUCGCAGAAUCAGAAACCCCUACGUUCCCCAUCGGCACAAGGACCGCCUAUCAGCGUUUCCUCCCUGCGCUGGGCGGCCCUGUUGCCCUUCUUCCGCUGCCCAACAACCAUGCGACCUUGGUGUGGUCGACCACCGCCGAGAAUGCGGCUUACCUCAAGUCUCUCUCCCCGAAAGCUUUCAUUGCCAUGGUCAACGCUGCGUUCCGUCUGGCCAUGCCGGACCUCAAGUACAUGAUGAGCAUGCAACGCCCGGCGACGUCUGCAUCGGAGUAUGAGGAUCAGCACGAGACCGAACUGACCUGGCGCCUACAGCAUACUCCCCAGCCCUCGCAGAUCCCGCCCAUGGUUACGGGUGUCCAGGAAGGCACCGUGGCCUCGUUCCCUCUACGAUUCCGCCAUGCCUCGACCUACAUCUCGCCCCGUGUGGCUCUGGUAGGCGAUGCCGCCCAUGCCAUCCAUCCUCUGGCCGGACAGGGUCUCAACCUGGGAAUGGGCGACGUGGCGUCCCUCUCCAGCACCAUUGAAUACGCCGUGAACCACGGAAUGGACGUUGGCGACAUCCUCACUCUGGAACGGUACACCGCAGAGCGGUGGGCCACCAACGCCAAGAUCGGUGGCGCCUGCGACGUGCUGCACAAGCUUUACAAUGUUCCUGGCCAGGGACCAGUCGCAUGGGGUCGCAGUCUGGGUUUGGAUAUCAUUGACCGCGUACCGUUCCUCAAGAGUCUCUUGAUGAAGAACGCCGAGGGAUGAUCUUGGCCGAUCCUGAUAUAUCCACUCUAGUCCACUCCUGCCCUUUAGUUCUUGCAUGUUUAUACUUGUAUCGCUAGCGCUAGUACAGUGGUACGGCAUUAAUUGUACAAUAGUUAUCAG